CGGAAGUUGGUGGUUUUAUUUUUGUGUUUGGUUGUGCUCCGUUGGCCUCCUCGGUGCCAAGCGGGUUUCUAACGUAAAUUUAACCGACACCUGCGACAACAAUCGGCUCUAAAGGAGGAUUUUUUUUUUGUUUUACCGGCGAUUUAAAGAUGGAUGUGGCUGAAGAGCAGGCUUCGUGUUAACGUAUUUUCUGUGGACUGACUCGGUAAUGUUGCCUCCUUCAGAGAAACUGCCUGGUUCAGGCUGAGUUUUUCGGUAUGACAGGAAUGAAGACAGAUCUGCAAGUACUGAGAGCCAUUUUAACAAUUAGCAGCUCAUUACCUUGCUAUCAAGAUUUCCAAUACAGGUUUUCAAAUGAAAAUGGAGGAUAUGCCCCUGUCAGGCCCAGACAACACCAAGCUGGAGGCCUUGGUCCAUGACAUCUACUCUGAGCUGGUGGAAGAUGCCUGUUUGGGCCUGUGUUUUGAAGUACAUCGUGCUGUGAAACAGGGCUAUUUCUUUUUGGAUGAAACGGACCAAGAGAGCAUGAAGGAGUUUGAAAUUGUGGAUCAACCAGGAGUGGACAUAUUUGGGCAGGUGUACAAUCAGUGGAAGAACAAAGAGUGUGAGUGUCCAAACUGCAAAAGAUUGAUAGCAGCUUCUCGCUUCGCCCCACACCUGGAGAAAUGUCUCGGAAUGGGACGCAACAGCAGUCGCAUCGCCAACCGAAGACUAGCCAGCAAUAAUAACAUGAGCAAGUCAGAGAGCGACCAGGAAGACAAUGAUGACCUUAAUGAUAACGACUGGUCGUAUGGUGCAGAAAAAAAAGCCAAGAAGAGAAAGUCAGAUAAGAAUCAAAAUUCUCCGAGAAGAUCAAAAUCUUUAAAACACAAAAAUGGUGAACUCGGGAGCAGCAUCACUUCAGAGCCCUACAAGUAUAACUACAACACUGGCAUCAGUUAUGAAACAUUAGGUCCUGAUGAAGUCAGAUCCCUUUUAACAACACAAUGUGGGGUGAUCUCUGAGCACACCAAGAAGAUGUGUACCAGGUCUCAGCGAUGCCCCCAGCACACGGACGAACAGAGGAGGGCCGUCAGGGUGUUCCUCCUGGGGCCGUCCGCGCCGUCGCUGCCCGAUGCCGACGCCGUGGUGGAGAGCGACAGCUUUGACAUUCCAGAUGGACAGACACUGAUGAGCCGCCUGCAGUGGGAGGACUCCCCGGACAUCUCACCCACUGACUCUGCCUCAUCUAAAGCCAGCACCAACCACUCAGAUUCCAGGAAGCCGAAGAAGAAGAAGAGGACGUCUCUUGGUUUGAAUAGCGUAGGAGUAGUAGGAGUAGGAGGAGGAAGUCUGACUGGAGGGAGCAGCAGCAGCGCUCAGAGUAAUAUCAGCUUGUCGACCAAAAAAAAGAGGCCCAAACUCUCAGCACCUUCUAUUUCAAGUAUCUAUGAUGACUUAAACUAGCAACAGCCCGUUUGGGCCACCCAGCUCUUGCCUCCUCUGAAUCAAAUCCCUCCUUUCAUACCUACAUUUGCGGGUCUGAACAGGAUGGGACUAAACUUGACUUAGUAGUUCUUUAAUCAUUCAGCCUUAACCAGUAAGGCAUCUUUAUUUUAAUGACAAUUUCCCCUGAUUUAUGAACACAGAGUUCUAAAAAGUUUGGUCAGUCACAGAGUCCAGUCAGAGCAUCUGUAGGUGCUUAAAAAGGGAAAUUCAGUCUUAGAACUAAAUGUAUACUCUGCUUUUUCCAGUAAUUUCAACUGCUGUCACCUUAAGGUAGAAACCUGACCGUGCAGUCAUGUGACACUGUUGUGUAGUUGGUCCUUUUGAAAUUACAUUAGUAACUAAUUGUGGGUUCUCUGAAAUGUUUUUGAGCUAUUUCAGUGAGUGAGUGGAAGGUUUCCAAGCGGUUAUUUCCACUUUUACACUAAAUGGCCAAAAGAAUGUGGAACGUCACGCCCAUGUUUGAUUCUUCGACAUGUAAUUCCUAAAUCAUUGACUUUAACUGCUGCUGCUAUAAUUGCCUCCUCGCUUUUGAGAAGACAUGGCCACAGGAAUUUGAUCCUGUUCAGCCACAAGAGAAUUUAGUGAGGUCCAACACUUGAGGCUGAGCUCAGAGUCUGUGUUCCAGCUCGGAGCUCUGUGCUACAUUAUGUGCACCUUGAAUGGUCCUGUCUUUCUAGUUGGGUGGUCGAUUGUCUUUUUGGUCAGAAUGUCGAAACAACAUGGACGAUACAAAGAAGACCUGUUGUAUUUUGUUGCUCAACAUUUAAACAUGUUUAUAGCUGUUUGAUGCUGAAACCACUGAAAUAUCGCUUGGUGGACAGCAACUAAUGGUUACAAACUAAUAAUAUAUUACAAAUUAAAUGAUAGCAAAAGAAUUUGCACAAUUAACCUAAAGUUUCUCACAAUCUGUCUGGUUUACUUUCAACCAACCUGAUUACGACUUGAAGGGGCAUUCACGUGAAUUUUUUCCAGUCAGGAACUAAUUUUUCUGAUUAUUUUGACACCACAGAAUUGACACCACAUUGUGUUCAAAGGGGAUUUGUCAUCUUGAAAUCGGAAAGAAUCUUUGUCAAACUGUUUCCGCCAAGUUGGAAUCACACGAUCAUCCAGAACAUCACUAUGCUGUAGCAUUUUUAGAUGACUUUUGAUUGGAACUAAGGGGCAAGCUCCAACCAAGCCACAGGUGUUAUCAGUAAUAUUAAUAAGAGGUGUACUCCAUUAAGGUGUACUCCUAAAUGAUUCAGGGCCCUGCCACUGUGUAUGCUUGCUCACUGACAGCGUUUACUGAACACGGCCAUCAUUAACAGUAUGAAUUGCACCUGUGCUUAUCCCUCUGUGAUUAGACAAGAUGUCUAUGCUGAAAAAGGCAGAUUAGCAGUUUUAAUUUAAGGUUUAAGACGUUUUAUUACCUGUAGUCAGUAAAGAAAAAGGCUCCAAACUUUUUCCUCGACAGCAUGAAAAGAUUUGAGUCUUAAACGUGGCUUUGUGAGACCUUCAGGUGCUCUGUCAUUGUUGGUGACCUCUCGACUUGUCCCUCUCUUUUUCUGGACUCUGUGUUCACUUUAAAACUCAGUUGUGAGGAGGAGACGUGGACUUUUAACUGCUUUCAAUCCAACACUUGACACACAUAUACUGGAGUAACUCAUCAGUGGCUUUUUAAUUCUAGCAUUGUAUUGCACAGUUGUAUGUAUGUGUAUGUGUGUGUGUCUCUGUAUGCUGACUUAAAUUCAGUGUGAACGUCACUUUUUCGUGUACUGUGUGUGUGUGUGUGUGUGUGUGUAUGAUUAGAGGGUGUGUGUGUGUGUGUGUAAUCAUUUAUAUUUUCACAAAACUAUGCAUCCUAGAAUGUGACAUUUUUGUGAAAGUAUGUGCCAUUUUUAAAUAUUUAACUUUUUCUGUUUACAUCAACAGUAUAUUUAAGUUUUUAUUUGUCACUGCCUAUGAAGUGAUGUGUAUAUUAUAUAUGUGUGUAAAUGCAGAUUUUGAUAUUUGAUGAGCCAAUAGGCUUUUAGGGCACAUGUACAGUACAUGUAUGUAUGACAUGAGAUGGAAACUGAAUCAUGAAUACAACGUAACUCUUUUUUUUCUUCAGUACAAAUAUGAGGCUUGUGUAUUUUCACUCAGUUUCUACACGUAUGUAGAUCAGUGCUGCAGCUCUGCUUGUCAUUCAUGAUCAUGAGUGAUACGUCUGCAUCUUGUAAAACCUAUAACCAACAAUGUCAGAUGUAAAAGUUGUACAUGCUCUAGAGGUCAGAUGCACUAUUACAAAAAUCUUGUACUUGCAUUUUUCACAGUUGAUGUCUUAAAAAAGCUUUUUUUUUCUUAUAAAUUGGCUUCACACACCCAAAGACUUUACUGUUGCAGUUAUUGUUACAGAGUCAGAAAUGUGUUGUAAAACUGUAACUGGAGGGACUGUACAAAAUGAUUCAGGGAGGAGGGGCUCAGACAGUUCUGUUAGAUUUUAUUUCAUUCUACUCUUGAGAUUUGUUGCAAACAAAAAACAACAAAAAGUGGUGACAUGAAAAACAUGGCUUUUGUUUGCACCAAGGGUCAUAAACCCACGCAGAGCACGGCAGUCACGUCUCUUAAAGAACUACUCCACCUUUUCAGAAUUGCGAUUUAAAAACAAUGUUGGAUUUAGCUUGGAACAAAAAAAGCUUAAAAUCGAUGCAGGACAACCAGAUUUCUCACAGUACAACUCAAUCACCCAUGGUUCAGUCUGAGAUAUCGGGUGUGUUAUGCUAGUAGCAGCUAACGUAGCCUCAGGUGACGUCUCCAGGCAGUUAAUCAGAUUUCAUGCAGCUCUCUCUGUGUGAGGCUGAGGCUGUAAUAACUUUUAAUCCUGCAGCUGUUAAUAUUGUGUUUUGUCAUAUUGGGGAAAGGGUGUUGCAGUUAACAUUUUUCUUUUUUUUCUAUCUGCUUUCUAUCCAGAGGGAAAAGCCUUUUGUAGUUCACUUGGUCCCUUGUUUUUCUGGUUUUUAAAGCGCGAGGUUUAACCUCUCCUCUCCCUGGCAGCUUUUGUACAGCCUUUUAAGUCGAGCACAUUCAGUUGUCUGUUUCAUGAAAAUGAUUUUAUUUCCAGUAUGGCUCUGUCUGUUAAAGUCUGCAGUAACAUUGAUUGUGCCCUUUUGAAUCUUUUUGCAGUAAAGUCUUGUGACGUGCACUAAAGCUAAACGAACUGUUCAUGAGAUGCUUUGGUAGAUGUGAUCUGAUUCUCCAGCCACCUUCUGUUUGAAUGAAGCUGACAGCUGAUGUGGCUCUUUGUGUAUCUGUGUGAGUGCAAUGACUGAGAAUGCGAUGUUGUAGUUUUUUUUUUUUUCCCCAUGCACAAGCACAAGAGUGUGCAUGUGUGAACGACUGUUGUAUCUGAACAUGAUGUGAUACAUAGGUUAUUUUUUCUCCACUGCCAUGCAUACUGAUGUUUGUAUAUAAAUAAACACAAACCGUA